UAUCUAGGUCACGGAAGUUUGCGGUGUUUUGGAUGGUAGUUAUGUAAACAUAAAAUUCCGGAACAAAGCCAAUCCACUUGCACGCGAAGUUUACCCACAAAAUUACACACUUUUAGUUUUUAAAGGAAGACGUAUCUACUUUUGAAUCAAUAAAUCAAUAUGAUUAAAAGUGAUUUUAUUAAUAAUCGAAGUCAAAGAAAACCUGCUCCACCAAAUAUUGUUGAAGUAACCUAUAUGAGUAUAGAACUUGACUGGAAAGAAGAAUUGAACAGGAUUCUUGAAGAAAUGAGUAAAAGAAAGAUGAAAGUCAAUCCAUUAGCUGAAGUUAUCUUGAAAAAGGAUUCAUCUGAUGAAUGGGAAAAUGGAUAUAUUGGUUAUGAUCAUCGAUAUAUCUGUAAAAAUUUAGAUCCUGAUACAACAUAUUGUUUUAAAAUUCGUUUCAAAAAUUUGAAAGAAUAUGAAAAUUGGAGUGAGAUAGUACAUGUACAGACAGAUCAGAUGCCUGUAACUGGCUACGAUAUACAUGUUGCUGUAAAACAAGGAAAUUCAAUUCAAUUACGAGAAAUACUUGAAAAAAAACAAGCGUGUAUUGAAGCAUUAGAUGAUCUUGGAUUUACUGCUCUUAUGUACUGUGCCCAAAGGAAUUUACCAGAUAUGAUGUCUAUUUUACUGGAAGCAAAUGCAAGUACAGAAACGGAAACGAGUACAGGAAAAACUGCACUUAUGUUUGCCGCUUUCAAGGGAAGUAUUGAAUGCAUGGAACUUCUUCUUGAAUAUGGAGCUGAUGUUAAUCAUGCGGACAAAAAUGGUUUAACAGCUCUACAUAUGGCUGUCGAUGGAGAGCAACCAAGAGCUAUCAGAUUGUUGAUUAAUUCUAGAUCAAAUCUUGAAGCUAUAGAUAAUAAUCUAGGAUGGACACCUCUAUUACGUUGUUCUGCCUUGAAAAAUAAUGGUAAUGUUGAAGUGGCUAGAGAAUUAAUUAAACUAGGCGCUAACAUAAAUGCACAAGAUCAUGAUGGGAAAUCAUCACUUCAUAAUUGUAUUAUAGUUGGACAUUAUAAUUUAUGCCAAUUUCUGUUAGAAAAUAAUGCAAAUAUACAUUUACAGACUAAUAAUGGACAUAAUGCACUUGUGUUAAGUGAAUCAAUUGGAAAUCAGAAAAUUCAAAAGUUAAUCAAGGAAUAUGCAAGUAAACACUCAAUCUAAAGGAUGGCAAGUUGAACUGAUCCACUUGUAUAUCGUACAAUUUCGUCAACAGUUAUAUGUACGCUAUCCCAAGUAUACAUAUCACGAUCACCUUCAUGUUAUAUACAUAUUUCAUGUUUAGAGAAAUAAUGAAACCAGAAAUUCUUUAUUUCACCCAUAUAUUCAAUAUUCAACUUCCUAUCUGUUUGUUUUAAUAGUUGUAGAUUUCAAAAAAUUUAAAAAUUGUGUUUACAUUUGUAUGUUUAUUAGUGUAUACACUCGAUUUCCUUUCUUGUUUAGAAGAAAUACAUUAAUUGUACUAUUUCGUUAAAAUUUCCUAAACUUUUCGACUAUACUAUACUCAUUUCAGUUAGUCCUAAAUCAUUACUACAACAAAUAUAUAUUUUAUUGUUAUUUCA